AUGUUCUUGUCGCGCUGUGGCCGACAAGCUGCUCGACUCCCCCUGCGGAGCUCCAGACCGCCCGUAGCUGUCUCCGCCUAUCUGCCCUCCAGACUAGCCCCUCUGGCGCGGGGAGUGUCGUCGAGUCGCGAUGCACAGCAGAAGCUGCUUUCCGCAUCCCUCGAGGAUUCCGACCCCGCCGUCUAUAACAUCCUGCAGAAGGAGAAAACCCGCCAAAAGCACUUUAUCAACCUGAUCCCCUCCGAGAACUUCACCUCGCAAGCUGUUCUCGAUGCGCUUGGCAGUGUGAUGCAAAAUAAAUACUCCGAGGGCUACCCCGGUGCUCGCUAUUAUGGUGGAAAUGAACAUAUUGACGCCUCGGAGCGGUUGUGUCAGCAACGCGCGCUGGAGACCUAUCGUCUCAACCCAGAGGAGUGGGGAGUGAAUGUCCAACCGCUCUCUGGCUCGCCCGCAAACCUCUACGCCUACUCCGCGCUGCUCAACACCCACGAUCGCCUCAUGGGCCUGGACCUACCACACGGCGGCCACCUGUCGCACGGCUACCAGACCCCCACCAAGAAGAUCUCGGCCAUCUCCAAAUACUUUGAGACUCUGCCCUACCGACUGGACGAAGCGACGGGGUUGAUUGAUUAUGACGGGCUGGAGAAGCUGGCCCACCUGUACCGGCCCAAGCUGAUUGUCGCGGGCACCUCGGCCUACAGCCGCCUGAUCGACUACCCACGCAUGCGCGCGAUUGCCGAUACCGUGGGUGCUUACUUGCUGACUGAUAUGGCACACAUCUCGGGUUUGGUUGCUGCUGAUGCGCUCCCGUCUCCCUUCCCCCACUCGGACGUGGUGACCACCACCACGCACAAGUCUCUCCGCGGCCCGCGUGGUGCUAUGAUCUUUUACCGCAAGGGACUCCGCGGCACCGACAAGAAGGGCAACCCCAUUAUGUACGACCUGGAGAACCCGAUCAAUGCGUCGGUCUUCCCUGGCCACCAGGGCGGUCCUCACAACCACACCAUCACUGCGCUGGCCGUCGCGCUCAAGCAGGCCCAAUCGCCAGACUUCCAGGCCUACCAGAAGACCGUUCUGGACAACGCCCAGGCACUGGCGGAGCGGCUCGGAUCCUCCACUAGCAACGGCGGUCUCGGCUACAACAUCGUGUCUGGCGGCACCGACAACCACUUGGUGUUGGUGGACCUGAAGAACCGCGGUGUCGACGGCGCCCGUGUUGAGCGGGUGCUGGAGCUCUGUGGCGUUGCCAGUAACAAGAACACGGUGCCAGGUGACAAGUCCGCUCUGAAACCCGGUGGCCUGCGUCUGGGCACUCCGGCCAUGACCUCGCGGGGCUUCCAGCCCGAGGACUUCCGUCGGGUAGCCGACAUCGUUGACCGCGUUGUUAUUCUGACUCAGAAAUUGGACAAGGCCGCUCGGGAGCAGGCACAGUCUCGUGGUGCAAAGAACCCCGGGACCAUCAAGGCGUUCUCGGAGUACGUCGGCGAGGGCGAGGAGAUCUCAGAGAUUGUAUUGCUGCGGCAAGAGGUGGAGGACUGGGUGGGCACGUUCAGUCUGCCUUGGGCCGAGGAUCAGUAG